CCCCUCCUCUUCAUCUCCCUGCACCCAAAAAACAGAGGGGUGGAGAUUUGACACAGAGAGAGAUUUGGGGGAGAUUUGACAAAGAGAGAUUUGGGAGAGAUUGGACGGAGAGAGAGAUUCGGGAGAGAUUUGACAGAGAGAGAGAGAUUUGGGAGAGAUUUAAAAGAGAGUGAUUUUGGAGAGUUUUGAGGAGGAUUAGAGAGAGAUUCUGGGAAAGAUUUGAGAGAGAGAGCUAGGGUUAUGGAGGGCAGAGGAGGGUGUUGUUUAGCGAGAUAUAAUGAUAUGUCUGAAGUUGAUAGGAUAAUGCUCAAGUACAGGCCUAUUGCACCCAAGCCGGUGGGUGUCUCCGGUGGUGGUGCCGGUGGAUCUGUGCCGGAUAUUUCCGGAACCACUAGACCUAAGAGAAGGUACGUGAAGAAUGGGAACAAGAGGGUAGGAACCGGGAGGAGGAAGGUAUCGCCGGAGAAAUCGAGUUCCGGCGGGUCAUCUAGCAGCGGAGAGACGGUGGUGACGUUGCCUUUGCUUCCCGAGACGCCGGUGAAGGGUAAAAACUCUCCGAUCUGGUUGAGUUUCGACAGGGGAGAUAUGGGACACGUGGCGUUCACCGAGAGGCCGGCGAGACUAGUCGAGUCUUGCGUGACGGUGGAGUCCGUGAUGGACACGUGGCUGGACAGGUACGGCCUGGGGAGAACCGACGAGGAGAAGGUGAUGACUUUAGAAAACGACACGUGUCCAGGGUUUGUAUCGGACGGCUAUAACAGCGUGAGGUGGACUAACAAGGCUUACAGAGAAAUGAACGGCGGAGAUUCCACGAGGGUUUGGCUCGUGAUGAAAGAUCUGGUGGUGCUGCCGCUGAUGAGCGAGGCGUUCACGUGCCGUGUGAGAGUGGUCACGUGCCGCAACGACGGAGGCUCGCCGUGCGCAAUGACAGUGCCGUGUGAUGUGUGGAGGAUGGACAAUGGUGGGUUCGCUUGGAGGCUUGAUAUCAACGCUGCUCUUUGCUUGGGCCGAUGAGAAAUAAUUCUCGUAUCGGAAGUGGUUCGUAUAAAAUGGGACGGAAGGAGUACGUAUCUGAAUCUUUAUAUAUGUGAGAACUGAUAAUUUGUUAAAUUUGAGAUUAAUAUGACUUGCUAAUAUGUUGUACAUAGAUGCAUUAAGUGAUAUAUAUAGGGAAUGAAAGCGAACCCCUCCGGAAGAAGGCUGGAGUCAUGUGUACUACUUGUUCAUGUAAAUAUGUGUUUGUGAUUUGACUGUA